ACAUAUUUAGCAUCAACAACACAGGGAACAGCCAUUUUGACAGCACUCUAAUAAGACAAGUGAACAUCAAAUCCAAAUGUGACAACUGAUUUUGCUGUAGCUCGUAUUUGAAGUGUAUUGGCAGUGCUCUUGUGGCUAACCUACACAAUGGUGUAGCUAGCCGACGCAGUGGCUAACAUACGCAAUGGUGUAGCUAACCGACGCAGUGGCUAACGUACACACUGCAGUGGCUAACUUACACAGUGCUAGCCUAACGAUUUGGUGGAUGAGCUUUAACCACUUAUCAGUAUAAAAUCAGUCUACAGCCAGAGCCCUGAAAAACAGUUUUCAGUUUUGUUUUCCUUUUCUGAUCUAACUUUGAAAAUCGCUGGUGACCUUUUGUUUUAACAACAUUUUUCAAUAAUGGAAUUUCUUGCUGAUAUCCCGUCGACCUCGACCCCGGCCCGAAAGAAUCCUAAGCGCAAGAUCACCAUGAAGAUCUCCAAAGACCGGACGCAGCUGGAACCUAUCAAGCGCCAAAAGAAAUCCGACAUCGCCAGCAGCAGCAGCAACAGCGCAUCCGUUCUUACCGGCAAGCAUGCCCGCUACGCCUUUACUGAACAGGGACUGCCCGUCUACAAAAUCGGGUUCGACAAGUUUGCCCUGGUUCGCUGGUUGGAGGGAGGGACGAAGGUGGUCCUAGCCGAAUUCAAAGAGCAGCCGGAUGGUACCUUUAAACCUGUGGAUGCCAACAAGUACAUCGCCAUGACCAUCAACAACUUUUUGCGCCUCUGUGGAUUAAUGCUGACUGGUAAAGCCGACUUGGUCUCGUCGUGCCCGCCAUUGUUCGAUAAUGGAAAGCUGUCUCCUCACUACUGCCUGGACGACAACCUGUACUUCCAGUGGAGCCGCUACAACAACAUGGACCUGGCCACUGUACGCCGUUUCAACCUGUCGCCUAACAAAGAUUUGUACCCAACCAAGGUCGGUAUUUCUUUCGGUCGGAAGGCCUACGAAGGACUCAAGGAACUGGUGGUGGACUUUACGCUGCUGAAGGAGAUCCGGGACACCAACGAAGCUCACGAUGUCGCCGCGGAUCCCAAGCCUGGUCUCGCUUCCGUUUCGUUGAAACAGGAAUUGGCUGAAAUUAUGUUCCGCAAUAUUCGUGAGCACCGUGAAAAUGCGACUGGUCGUACGCCGAUGCGCGGAAUCGCUACGGAUGAAGAAUGGAACACUGCCGAAAAGGACGUUCUGGAAAAGAAGCAGAUUCAUGGUGUGUUGUUGUUGCUUAAUCAGCUUGAUGUGGGUCAGUGUAUUGAUUUAGAUGUUGAUGGCUACUUGGCACAGUUCCGUAAGGAAGUGCGUGCCCAGUUGGAUAAAAUGAUGAUGUAACGCGUAACGCUGCAUGCCGUAAUUACUGGUUAUUUAUUUCAUAUUAAUGCACGAACAAUCUGUUUUUCUAGAAAUUUGCUAUUGCAUAUUUCUGUAUUA